CUUUUCAAUGUUUAUUCAUUAAAGAAGUCGUUCCCAAGUAUUUUCCAUUGGCCGGACCAGGACCAGGCAAUGACGGCCCCCAGAGUCGAGCUGGGGAUCUAGAGGCAGAGACUAGCACUAAGCCACUCUGAAUUAGACAGUGAUAGAGUAAGUGCAGUUGGAUCCAAGCGCUAACAGAUGCGUCUACUGAGGAUGCUGGUGACUUGGGAUCAAGCUCUGAUAUCCCUGAGCUGCCAGUGAUUCUCCAAAAAUGGGUGAUUGGUUCCGUGGGCUCCAGCUUCUCAUGCAGGAGCCAGGACUUGGACAAGUGGAUUCUCCAAGUUUCAAUGACAAGAGCCUCAAAGGGCUAAAGGGCACAUCCUUCACCUGAGGCAAUGCACUGCGAGAUGCCCGCUGGACCACACUGCGCACUAGUCUCCCCAACUGUGGCGCCUGUGCGGUCGCUGCAUGUGGCCACAGCGACAUCUCCUGGAGAGAGGUAACUCUAGCACGUGACCUUCCGCGAGCCUGAGUCCCGGUGCUGCUUCUCAGUAUACAGCUUUCCGGCCUGCGAGCUUCAAGCAUGGCCAGGAGAGUGAAGUCACAGUCCCUGCGGGUCCGAGGACCCGACCCUGGGGUUUAGGUUUCGCGCGACGGAAACGGAGGACGGGCCCCUGGGUCGUAAACAACACUGCGCCUGCGCACUCUUGCCUUUACGCGAACUCGUCACCGCUUGAGAAAUUUGUCCUAGAUGAGUUGCCAUCUGUUUCCAAGACAACCCAGGAGCCUCCUGGCAAGGGCGCGCGGCCCAGCCUGCAAUGGCUGCAGCAAGUCCCAGUGUCUUCCUGCUCAUGGUCAACGGGCAGGUAGAGAGCGCACAGUUUCCAGAGUACGAUGACCUCUACUGCAAGUACUGCUUUGUGUACGGCCAGGACUGGGCCCCAACAGCGGGUCUGGAAGAAGGGAUCUCACAGAUAGCAUCCAAGAGCCAAGAUGUACGGCAAGCACUGGUGUGGAACUUCCCUAUCGACGUGACCUUUAAAAGUACCAACCCCUAUGGCUGGCCACAAAUUGUACUCAGCGUGUAUGGACCGGACGUGUUUGGGAAUGACGUGGUCCGAGGCUAUGGAGCAGUGCAUGUGCCCUUCUCUCCUGGACGGCACAAAAGGACCAUCCCCAUGUUUGUGCCAGAGUCUACAUCUACACUACAGAAGUUCACAAGCUGGUUCAUGGGACGUCGGCCAGAGUACACUGACCCCAAGGUGGUGGCCCAGGGUGAAGGUCGGGAAGAGAUUCUGGGGCCUGCAUUUCUUGAUUUCUUCAUUAGCACCUCUCUAACAGAAACAGGCCUGGCGCCCAACAGGAUGUACCCAGUAGAAUGUCAUGCUGGAGUGGAGGCCUCUCCAGGACUGCUGAGCAGUUUGCACAGAGCUGACCCCCCCUUUCAGUGUCUUCUUCAGCAUCAGGAAGUUAGUCACUUGCUCCAUGGCUGGCACUGUGACUAUUUACCGUAUUGUUAGCAGACUCCCAGGGCCCUGAGCGGCACCUGCCUUCCACCAUGCAUUCCUGUGCCCUACUUCCAUCCUGAUCUUCGUGUGCUGCCUGAGGAUAGGGAAAGAACCAUCCCAGGCAGGAGACUACCACCAGUGCGGGUUCCGGGCAAGCGCCGUAGCCCAACACCCUGACAUCUGUGGGCCCCUAGUUUUCUCCACGCAUGCUGGUAGUGUGACACAUGAAUUAACAUGUUGUCAAACUACUCCACAACUGCUGGUCUCACCAAAGCUUGCUGUGGUGCUGUCUUCUCCGCUGUUCUUGUGAAGCACCUCUUCCACGCCCUCCACCCUUGCAGAAGGUAUAGACCUCACAGUUCAGCAACUUCAUCACCCAAGGUCUCUCCCUCAGUCCAAAACUCCCUUCUACACCUGAUGUCCUUUCUGUACACUAGCCCUCAUGGCUGUCAAGUCAAGGCACAGAAAUAUACCAUUUCCCAAGAGGCUCUUGCAUGUCUGCCAGUCACGGUGAGAAACCACACAGAGGAGAGCUUUGGAGCCCAGUGACUGGAGCAUAUCUGGAAUGUAGGAUUAUACUAGACAUGUGACCAUUAAGACACAUGACACCUAGGUUUAUCGUUUACUUACUGUCACAGCUGUAUCUACCAGACUGUUCACCUUUUCCUAAUCAAACCAUAAGACUACAUUUCCUAGGCCUCUUCUGUCACACUGUUAAACUUAUGAAAUGCUGGAAGGUUGUUCACCACAUAGAAAGCCUGACCCCUUAAACCUCCAGAGUUGCCCUUACUCCUGUCCAUGGAGCCCUUGGACAUCCACACUGAAGGCAGCAGCAUGAGAGAAUAGUGUGGUGUCAGAUUCCAGCCAGAAGGGGUGCUUCAAGGAUACCGGUGCUGGACAUUUUGUGGGAGUAAAUUCUAUUAUGUUCUAUCCUGAAGAGAAAAAAGGGAGGCAAUGGGACUUAGUCCUGUAUGAACUCUUGACAAAGAACUGUUAUAAGGAAAGAGCUUAUGGUGUGAGUGAAAAUCAGAAGGUAUGGCACACAGCACAGACUGCAGUGGGGAGUAGGCAGGAGUGAAGAACACACACUCAACAGCACAGAGCCACUGGCAGAGCUCAAGGAAGGUCCCAUGGCUGAGCCAACAGCUCCAGGGAGGACAGCAGCAUAUGCCAGAAAAGCAAAGUUUGGGGAAAAAAACAGGCCAGUCUGUAAAAUAAGAAAGGAACAGAAACAAAACUAAAGAAUAUUAACAUCGUAAGAUUAGGAAAGGACUGGACAGACAACUCAGCAGAGAGCAUGGCUGUUCUUCUAUUAGACCAGGAUUUGACUUAAGUCCUGGCAACCAUAUGGUAGUUCAUAGCUGUCAGUCACACCAGUCUGAGGGCAUCCAAUGGCAUCUUCUGGCCUCCAAGAGUGGCAGACAUGCACAUAGCUUAGACAUAUAUUCAAACAAAACACUCAUACACAAUAAAAUUUAAAAAAAAAAAAGGCUAGGUGAGAGGACUCUAAAACCCAAAUAUAAGACUUAAAAUUAGGGGUUGGGGAUUUAGCUCAGUGGUAGAGCGCUUGCCUAGCAAGCGCAAGGCCCUGGGUUUGGUCCCCAGCUCUGGGGGGGGGGGGGGGGGGAAGACUUAAAAUUAAAACAAAACACCCUAGUUUUUUUAAUAAAGAACAAAUGUAGAGCCAAUUAUGUGGCAUGCCCCUUUAAUUCCAGUACUUGGGAGGCGGAAGCAGGCAGAUCUCUGGGAGUUCAAGGCCAGCCUGGUCUACAAAGCGAGUUCCAAGACAGCUAGUGCUGUACAUGGAGAAAGUCUGUGUCAAACCAAACACAAUAAAAGCAGUAUGUGUCAAUGGAACUUACAAAAGCAAAGGGCUCACAGACUGCUGAGGUUCUGAGGGAAGCAGUCUCCUGUCAGGGUCUCUGUUGCUUAAUAAACACCAUGACCAAAAGCAAGCUGGAGAGGAAAGGGCUUAGUGGCUUAGAAUUCUACCUUGCAGACCAUCACUGAAAUAGGUCUGGGCCACUGAGGGGCACUGCUUAUUGGCUUGUUCCUCGUGGCUUGCUCAGCCUGCUUUGUUACAGCAAUCAGAACCAUCAGCCCAGGGAUGGCACCAUCUACAAUGAGCUGAGCAUUCACCUAUUGAUUACCAAAAUGCCCUACCAGCCUGCCCAAUCCUAUGAAGACAUUUUCUUAAUUGAAGCUUCCUCAUAUUCCAAUGUCUCUAGCUUGUGACAGAAAAGCUGACGUAAAAUUAACCAGCACAAAACCACAGGAUCUAUGAGCUUGGUACUCAGAACAAGUCUUGGCUGGUAAUACCUACGUGCAGGCAAAAAGCUGGCUCCCAGCUGCUCACUCAAAGGAUGGGCCUCCUGCAGAGCUGAGCCUGAGGCCAUCCCAGACCCUUUCUGGUACUGGAGGCCUCACAGAGCCCCAGUACUGUGUAUUUAUGGUAGUGUCGCUCACCCUGCUACACUGCUGGCUACCUCGAGAAGCCUGCCUCCACAAGCCCUCAAUUUUUGUUUUGUUCUGUUUUUUUUUUUUUUUUUUUUUUUUUUUUUUUUUUUUUUGGUUCUUUUUUUCGGAGCUGGGGACCGAACCCAGGGCCUUGCACUUCCUAGGUAAGCGCUCUACCACUGAGCUAAAUCCCCAGCCCGCCCCCCCCCCUUUUUUUCCCCUUUUUUCUUUUUUUCGGAGCUGGGGACCAAACCCAGGGCCUUGUGCUUGCUAGGCAAGCGCUCUACCACUGAGCUAAAUCCCCAACCCCAAGCUGAACAGAGAAAGAACCAAUCUUUGGUCUGAAAGGUAAGACUGAAGGCCUGGGUGCUCAGAGGGCUACCUGUAACAGUAACUGGUAACCUGUUAAUCAAACCUACCUCCUCCUAUCCAGGACACGUAAGAUAUGUGCCCGACUGACAGAAAUCCUGUAUGUGUAGAGGGUGGGGAGGUAUGGGUACUCAUGAUCAGAGAUGUGGAAGCAUAGCCAAAUAAACCCUUUCCUCCCCAAGUCGCUUUAGUCCUGGUGUUUCAGCACAGCAAUAGUAGGUAGCCCUAAGACAGGAAGUGGAUGGGAAACCACUAAAGCUUACUGAGAACUGGCCUCAGAACUGACAGCCAUCUGGGCUAACAUUUGCCCAGCACAGCCUUCAGACAGACUAUGGCAAUGUCCAUCAAAAACAGAGCUGAGCCUGACUGCAGACCAAGCCAGCCCUGCCAUACCUUGUCCCAUCGGAUGCUUAAAGACAGGACAGUGAAAGGACACAGCCAAAACCCACAUCAUGAUACAAAUGAUAAAUUAUAUUUAUACAGUAAAGUAUCAACAGUCAACACAAAUCCAAAACCACCCACCAGCCCUGGGACUGAGAAGCAGCGGGGUGACUUCCUUCAGGGUAUUCAUCAAGAAGGGCAUGGUGGCACGUGUGCAACACACAUGGCAGUGGCCAGCGGCUUCAUGAUCAGUGCAGCGGGUAACAGGGACAUGCGCUGGGUGGCCUGUGGGAGGAAGAGCCCAAUGGCUACUGGGAUGGGGAUCCAGUCAGAUGGGCUCUUGUCUUCUGGAGCAGAAUCACGGGCCCACAGCAGGCAGUUCUGGCCCUAGCCUAUACCAUCUGAAGGAAGCAGUCUGGACUGGUGCCUGGCCUCCCUGCCCUGUGAUACCUCCAUCUCUCCCAGGCAGCCAUCAGCUCAGCCUUCCUGAACAGCAGAGCCCAAGCCUCUCCCUAGGCCUUGGGUCCUGGGUGGAAAGGGUAGUUAGGAAGGGCCCUUGGCUUGUGGGGCCUAGGAACAGCAUGUAGACUCAGACUCAGGAGGGGCCUAAGUGCAGUCCUCUCUCAAACAGUAAUCACUCAGUCAACUAUGUGGGUGCUGAGGGUCAAAACUUUCUCUGGAUGCAGAGAGGAACUGGCAGGUGGCUGGGUGUCCUUGGAGCUUAAGGUUAAAAUUCCAUAUUGCAGGAAAGACACACAAACUGCCAGGACCAAUAAGGGGCAGUCCUUCCUUUGAAGAAAUGCAAUUCAAGAUUUAAUACUUUCCUUGAGGGUGAGGAGUGAGGACAGCAGGAGGUUGGGAGAGAAAGGGUAGUAUCAGUGCAGUAUGUUAAAUCUAUGCCACCUGAGGACUUUUUCUUCUCCAAAAUAGGAUACGGUUACUUCCUGGUCAGUAGCCUGAGUUGGAGCUGGCAGGAAGACAAAUCAGGGCCAGUCCCUGUCAUGACUCAGCUAGGGGGACCAUCCGUGGUGACCUCUGAGCCCACAAGUGUAGAGUCACCUCCAUUUUCACACAAUCUCAUUAACCUGAGCAUGAUGGCAGGGCAGCCAGCCACACUUCUGGUCUGCAGUAAACAGAAGUCCCUGGCAACCCCUGCAUCCCAGGUACAAAAAAGGGAUUAGUUGAUAAAAACUGGCAAGUCACAAUCAUGCGUUGUUUUUCCUUUUAACCUUAAGAUGUCAAUAUACUAGUAGCAAAAAAGCCUCUCAGAUCUAGGUAAAAUGCUGAAGUCAAUUGAUUUGGUAAUUCAUCAAAAGAGCUGAAGAAAGGAAAAAGGCAACUAGAGGCUACGGGUUUCGUUAUUGUUGGAUGUUUUUGUCUUGUUUUAAUAAAAUUCUUUUUGUAUAAUCAAA